GUAGAACAUUGUGUUGUGACAUUGAAAUAGUAAAAAAUGCCCUUUCUGAUUGACCACCAUCGAGCUUGACACUCGGUUCCCAGUGUUUCCGUUGCUUGUUUCCUUAUCUUUCUCUGACGGGGCUAUUCUGACUUUCGGCUUUUUGGAAUGGCCUCAAUGACCAGCACGAUCCCCGCCUAUCUUUUGCCAAGUGUCCCUGCAUAUCAGCCAGCCCACCUUGAGGGUGAUUCAACUUAUGCUACGGAGAUUCUCCCCGGUCCUCCCUCUCUGGCUGCUGUUCAAAAUCCUUUAGCUAAACGAGAUCCGCGAAAGGACUCUGUGAUUUAUUCCUAUUUGCCCGCUUCAGAUCCAGGUACUACUUAUUCUGGCGCAAUGCAUGGCACCUGGAUUGGACAGGAUUCCAGGAAAAGCAAGCGUGCCAAAAUGGAUAAAGGAUCCUCUGGUCGUGCUCAGCGUGCAUCAGCCAGGAAUCAGAAUGGCUCAUCUAACGCUGUGGAGCUUGUCGCUAAUCCUGAGGGCGCGAGUGGCUCACAGCCUCCUUCAGCGGACGAUUCAGAUGUAACCAUGAUUAUAGACGAUGAGCCGUCGAUAUCACAUUCUGAUUCUUCACAAAACAUCUUGGAUCAAUCACAAACAUCCCAAACCAUGAGUACCAGAGGGAAGAAGAAGGACAAGGGCAAAGGAAGGGAAGUCGAGGUACCUGUGAGGGUCAAGGAAGAGCCACAGACGGUGUCUCUGCGUUCUCCUGAGCCCCAGGUUGAUCUGCUCAACAAUAACGACCAUUGCUCUGCUUGUCGUUCACAAGGCGCACUAGUUUAUUGUGACGGUUGUCCACGAGCUUUUCACCUAUGGUGCUUGGAUCCUCCCAUGGAAUCUAUUGACGAUGGAGAUAGCAGAUGGUUCUGUCCAGCUUGCACAGGACCCAAGCACCCGCCACGCAAGCACCCUCCUGGACUCUUAGCGCCACUGAUUCAAUCUGUGGAUGUCUCAAUCCCCACUGAAUAUCAAUUACCCGAUGACAUCCGAAAUUUCUUCAAGGAUGUUGGAACAAGCGAUCGAGGAAACUAUGUCGAUAUUUCGGAGAUAAAACCUCCUCGCCUCAACCGACAUGGCCAGCUUGAGGAUCGUGAUGCCCAUCGAUUACGUGACCGUAACGGGCAGCCCGUUCUUUGUUUCCGAUGCGGAACUUCUGCUCUACCAGAAUCAAUUGCGGCUGCUCCUCCACCCAUGAAGCGUGCCCGAAAAGCAACCGUCAAAGGCGAACAAUACGAAAUGUGGAAAAAUAUCAUCUCAUGCGAUUAUUGCGACCUUCAUUGGCAUCUUGAUUGUCUCGACCCACCCCUCCCCACCAUGCCUUCGUUUUCCAAGAAAUGGAUGUGUCCUAAUCAUGCGGAGCAGAUCAUUGCUCCCAAACAUCGUAUACCGAAACAGAAUGCCACGCCUAUAGAAGUUACAAAGCCAGGACAACACAAUAAUGGCAAUAUUGAGGUUGUUGAACCACAAACUGUCAAACUUCUCAAUAUCCAACCCAAGGUCAAUGUUGAUGAAGUGCUCAUCAACGGACGCCGUUAUCGGGUCCCAGAACGCAUCAUCCUAUUGGAUUUUUGGAAUAAGAUCAGCAAGACCGGUGGCGGGCAAGAUGCGGAUUCCCGCUCAUCCUCUCCUUUGACCUCUCUAAGCUCAUUGGAAGACGAAGAGCCUACACACCCUCCCUCGCCUCCAACGGGCUCCUCACUGCAAUCAGAUUUAGAAGUCGCACAGAUGCUCUGGGACUUCAAACGAGGUCUCCAUCUUGAUCCUUCUUCUGUUUACGGGAACGGCUCGAGCUUCCGGCAGAGUGAACAGACAAUGAUUGUUGAUUCCCCUGUCUUUCUGUCGCAACCCUCAUCGAAGUUAGUGCAGACUUCGAAGUCUACUCCUACCGCGAAGCGCGCCUCAAAUAAAGCAUUGGCAGCAGAAUCUACGGCAUCCACUUCUUCAGCACCUGUCGUCGCCGACUCCAUGGUUCCACCUAUUGAAACCCUUUCUAUCAUACCUUCUACCUCAAAACGUCAGAGAGCUAAUACAAGCAAUCCAAACAACACGCAGACGGAAAAUGGUGCUCGAGGAUUACGUUCCAGAAGCAAGGCUGCGGAUAGGGUGUGUAUCCACAGGCCUGUCUCUAUCUUCUUUGAAUUUACGCUAUAAAACAGUCAAGAAGAAGUGGAGAUGAACUCGAAAAUGUCUCUGCUCCUCCGGC